CCCAAUUUUGUACUUGUAGAUCUAGAAGAUGUAAUAGUUGGUCCAGUAAAUCCGCUAGGCUUUUUAAUGGAGUAUGAAGUAUUUGAAAAUAAGGUUUUUAAAGAAAAUAGGCUAAAAGUUGCAAAGCUAUAUCAUAAGUUUCUACUAUUAGAAGCAAACCUUCCAGUAGUUGCUCCUUUUUUUAAUUCAAAUUUAUGUGCACCAAAAUCUACUUACUAUAAAGAAAUUGCUAAGAUUUUAGAAACUAUAAUAAUACAAAAUUCUAAACAGAAUUUUGCUAUUCAUCAAUUAAAG